AUGGGGAAAUCGCCUGGAAAAUGGAUCAAGACUGUACUCUUCGGGAAGAAGCAUUCUAAUAAGUCUAAUUUUUCUAAGAAUGUUACGCCCGGCAAAACGACAGCUGUCAAGACACCAUUGGAGGACCUACCCGAUCCUUACCAGUCGUCUGAUAGAGAAGUCGAUAAUACAUUGGAACUCGAGAAAGAAACUUCUGCCACUGCUUUCGAAGCUAUCUCUUCAUCUCCAGCUAAUCAAGAUUUAGAGUCGAAAAAUGAAAAUGGAUCGGCUAUUGUCAGUGAUACUGACAGGAAUCAAGAUUUAGCUGCAGCGAAAGUUCAGGCAACUUUCAGGGGCUAUUUGGCUCGUCGUGCUUUUCGAGCUCUCAAGGGUAUUAUAAGGCUGCAAGCUCUUAUUCGUGGGCAUCUGGUUAGAAGGCAAGCAGUUGCCACUUUGCGUUGCAUGAAUGGAAUUGUUCAGUUCCAGGCACUCGUUCAUGGACGUAAGGAUACUAAACAGGUCAGCAUUGGUUCCAAAUCCAUUUUCGGGUCGGAAAAGCUCGCAGCGAACACAUUUGUACGCAAGCUUCUCGUCAAAGUGCCAGCUGCUUUGCCUCUGAGCCUUCAGUACGAUUUAUCCGAACCUAAUUCAUCUUGGAGCUGGCUCGAGCGCUGGUCCAUGACCCGUUUUUGGGACCCACCCGCACGCGUGGCAAAAAAGAUCACCAAACCGAAGCCCCAGAGAAAACAGCCCGGCCCGCAAAUUUUCGAGCACGAAGCUGGAAAGUCUAAACGUACGUUCCGGAAGGUUCCAACUGCUGCAUCGAACGGGGAAAAUGGCAAUUUAGUAGCAAAAAGGCCCCCACCUCCCGAGUCAGCUGAAGAGCAAGCACAAAGUGAGCUCGAGAGGGUUAAGCGUAAUCUGAGAAAGGUAUCCUCGGCUCAGGGGCCGCCCGAGAAAUCCGAACCGGACACAGGAAAGCAGCAGCAGGAGGCUGUGGAAAUAGCAAAAUCCCCCCAACCUGAAGUGGAAAUAGCAAUUCCUCUUGAAAAAAACCUAGCUGAUUCAGAUGAUUUGGUUGAUAAUGAUAAAGCUGAUUUUGCUGAAACCCUUGUGGAAAAUGAACCAGUUAUUACCGAGAAUACUCAAUCCGUUGAAAAUGAUGUGAACAUCGAGAGUGCUCAAAAUUUGGAAGAUUAUGAAUCGAGAUUUAAGGAAGAAGAAAAAAGCGAGAAAGACAAUCAGAAAGUGAAGAAAAGGAGAUCACUGCCAGCUAAGCAGGAGUUUGCUGAAAAAAUCUCGGAAAAAAACUCGCCGAGCUUGCCGAGUUACAUGGCGGCAACUAAAUCUGCUAAAGCCAAGCUCAGAGGCCACGGGUCGACUAAAUUUGGAGAGGAUGGAGCUGAAUUUGGUAAUAAUAAUGCUCGUCGGCAUUCUCUCCCAGCGUCUAGCAAUGGGAAAGUUAACACAUUUUCGCCUAAGGUACAAAAGCCCGUGCAAGCUAAUGGGAAAGGAGGCACUUCCUCUAGAGAUGACAGGGUGGUUCAACCGGGGUGGAGGAGAUGA